CCCUGAACGGAGAACGUGAUUUGUUUAUGAAUCGUUGAAUUGGCGUACAAACGAUUCUUACAGGUUUAUAUUUCCCCCAAGUCAAUGUGACAUGAGUCGCACUGAUUGAAAGGUGCACCCUAAUCAUAUAACUUUGUAUUCUAUUCGAUUUACUGCCGCGGUUACGGGAGUGAUUUUAUAUCAACAAACAACACUCCAUCCAAUGACGUCGGCGAUAUCGGCACAAUGGGCUUUCGCGACAAGGUAUUAAACGAGGAAGCGGACCGGGCUUCAAAGGAAGCCGUCAAGGGCGGCUUCAUUGGAGCUUUGAAAUGGGGAGCCGGUGCUGCCAUUCUAGGCGCAAUCGGAUACACAAUGUCUCCUGUCUACCGAGCAACGACGGUCCAGUUCAAAGUGUAUCUCCAAAUGUCGGGCAUGGUACUCGGGGGCAUGAUUGAGGCAGACUGGCGACUGCGGCAGUUUGAGCAGCAGAUGAGACUGCAACGACGAGUCCAGCGUGAAAAAGACCGAUGGGCACGCUACGAGGAAGAGUACGGCAAGGGAGACAAAUAAGAAGGAUGAAAUAUGCAUGUAUAUAGGAGUUAUUUUUAUUUUUAAAUUUUGUAUUCCAAAUAAAUCAUAAUGUAAGAAAGCUAUGCAUCUAUGCGGACAGUCUUGUGCCCACAACGUGAUACAUGGAGCUUUUCCCUUAGACCCAACGCCAAACAAAUGCAACUAGGCUACACAAUCACUUUCUCUUCUAUUUUGUCGAGACCUUGAACCGCUUGGGAUCCAUGUUAAUCUUGCACAGGCGGACAACGCAGCCACUUAACUGCAGCAGCGUCUGCACGCCCUCGAGCACCUUCAUGUGCGUGAAGCCAAUCUCCUUGAUAAACUCCAGCUUGGAGUGCUCGCUCAGCGUAGGAAUCGUCUUAGUGACGCGGAACAUGGUGCUAAUGAUGUCAUGGCUCGAGUAGCCCAGGUCCCAGAGCUCGCGGAGCGUGUCGAGCGCCGAGUCGACAUUGCCCUCGUAGCACGCCUUGAGCAUGGCCUGCACCUUGAUUGGGUGCGGCGAGUCGACCACCUUGAAGACAUUGUCGCCCGAGACGAAGCCGAAACCGGCAUGUGUAGAUUGCAAGUUGUUGAUGGCUUGACGCAUGUCGCCUUCGGCCGUGAAGACGAGGGCGGCCAGGCCGUCGUCGCUGUAUUCAACCUUUUCGGCCUCGAUAAUCUGCAUCAGGCGCUUGACGACCUGCGCGUCGGUCAGUUUGGCGUAGCGCAGGAUGGCGCAUCUCGACUGCAGCGGCUCGAUGAUCUUGUUGGACUGGUUGCAGGCAAAGGCGAAGCGGGUCGUGUUGGAGUAGAUUUCCAUGGUACGGCGGAGGGCCUGCUGCGCGCCCGAGGUCAUGCUGUCGGCUUCGUCGAGAAUGACGAGCUUGUGGCGGCCAGCAGGGAGUGUGACUUUCUUCUGGGCAAAGCCCUUGAUUCGGUUGCGCACGACGUCGAUACCGCGCUCGUCACUGGCGUUGAGCUCGAGAACGGCCUCCUUGUACGUGUCGCCGAGCAGUUCGCGGGCCAGGCAGAGGACACUGCUGGUCUUUCCGAUACCAGGCAUGCCGGAGAUGAUGACGUGCGGCAUGUUCCCUUCCUUGGCGAUGAUCUUGAGGCGCUCAAUGGUUUCGACGUUGCCGACUACAUCAUCGAGGAAGACGGGUCGGUAUUUCUCAACCCUAUGGGAA